AUGGACAAAGUCCCGGACUCGACGCCAAACGGCACCUCGCCGCGCACAUUCGCCCUCAAUCAUUCGCGGCCCCGUUCCAGCUUCAAGGGCUGCUCGCGAAUCUCCGACUAUGAACUCCAGGGCAAGCUGGGAGAGGGAACCUUUGGUGAAGUUCAUCGAGCCCGAUCGCGCAAGACGGGCGCUCUCGUCGCUCUGAAGAAGAUCAUCAUGCAUCACGAGAAGGAUGGCUUUCCCAUCACCGCCCUUCGCGAAAUCAAACUGCUUAAGCUUCUAUCGCAUAAGAAUAUUCUAAAGCUCGAAGACAUGGCCAUCGAACAUCCCACAAGACAGACCGACAAGCGCAAAAAGCCCAUCGUCUACAUGGCUACUCCCUACAUGGAUCACGAUCUCUCUGGUCUUCUCGAUAACCCAUCCGUUCAUUUCAAGGAACCCCAGAUCAAGUGUUACAUGCUACAGCUCCUCGAGGGCCUUCGAUACCUCCACGACAACAACAUCCUUCACCGAGAUAUGAAGGCUGCCAACCUGCUUAUCAGCAACCAAGGAAUCCUCCAGAUUGCCGAUUUCGGUUUGGCCCGGCACUACGACGGACCUGUGCCUGAAGCUGGACGGCCCAUGGGUGAGGGGCGACGAGACUACACUGGUCUGGUGGUCACAAGAUGGUACCGUCCACCUGAGCUUCUGCUUCAGCUGCGGCAAUACACCCCCGCUAUUGACGUUUGGGGAGUAGGCUGCGUCUUUGGCGAGAUGCUGGUGGGGAAGCCCAUCUUGGCUGGCGAGAGCGACGCCCAUCAGCUCGAGAUGAUCUGGGACCUGAUGGGAUCUCCCACUGAAGAGACGAUGCCCAGGUGGAAAUCGCUUCCAGGUGGAGAGCACCUAUCGCCUCGACCACGAACAGGGAACCUUCAGAACCGAUUCAGAGACUUCGGAUCAGGGCCUGUUUCACUCCUUAGAGAGCUUUUGAAGCUGGAUUGGCGGACGCGAAUCAACGCCGUUGAUGCUCUGCAGCACCCCUACUUCAAGAUGCAACCCCUCCCGUUGGAACCCCACGAGAUUCCGACAUAUGAAGAAAGCCACGAGCUGGACCGAAGAAAGUUCCAUGAUCGCAAGGCCGCUCUCCCUCCUGCCCCUAAGGGAGGCACGGUGGGUUUGGGGCCUGAUGCCAAUGGUGCUACAGCGGGCUUCAAUAGCAACGAACCCUAUGGAAACGGUCGUAACGGGGUGAACGGAGGCAGAUAUCGCAACGGGCCUGAUGAUCAGCGUCGUCCCGCCUGGCAGCGAGAACGUCCCGGCGCCGGGCUUCCUCCGCGCCCGCCUCCUAACGAUGAUGCCGACUAUCGGGAUCGAGCGCCUCCUCGAGGCCGAGGCCCACCCGGGCCCAGAGGACCGGAUGUUGACACAUACAUCCCGGCUUACAGGCAAGAUGAUCCUGGUCGACGGAGGGAUGACCGGCCACCUCGGGAUGAUCGACCGCCUCGAGAUGAUCGACCACCCCGGGACGACCGACCACGGGAUGAGCGACGACGACGAGACAGCAGAGACGAUCGUCGCUAUGACAGAGAUCGUGGCACGAUGAGUCGCAGCCGAUCACCAAGACACGACCGAUCGCGGGAUCGAGAGAGGUCAGACCGCGACGUGUACCGGAGAUAG